AUGCAGAAGAAGCUCGCUGUACCCGUAGCGACAGCAGCGCUCCUCCUCGGGGCGCUGCCAUUGGUAGCUGGCCAUGGCGACCUACAUGAGACCAUGGAGCACAUGGGCGUGACCUCUGCCGACGAUGCAAACUACACCUCGUGGUCGGACGGCUACCCCAGCUACUUCAGACAUGAGAGCUGCGGAGGCUGGAUGGUGGCACAUAUCGCACUUAUGAUCUCCGCCUGGGUCAUCACGAUGCCGAUGGCACUAAUGCUAAGCAUAGCUCGGUCACGAUUUCAUCUGCCAGCUCAGAUCCUGUUCCACGCUUUGAAUGGAGUCGGCGUCCUCACGGGUUUCGUCUACAACCAUGCAACACCGAACUUGUACAAGGGCGAUACGCAUUCGCCUGGUGGCUGGGUGGUGACCUCGGUAACGAUGUUUUGGACAUUCUUAUGCCUGUAUACUGCAUACAGCGAGCACAAGAGCAAGCACGAUGGUGGACACAGGCUGUCGUCCCAGAACAUGGGACGUUAUAGCAUGCUGCAGAACUACAGCGUCCAGACACCGACAACGCCAGUACGAUGGUCGGGAGACUCAGGCAUGGGUAGCUCGAGACACGACAGCUCCGACUCUAUCCAUCAGAAGCCGGAGGAUUCUGAACAACCUAGCCAUAGCGACGAGCGGGGCGACCACGAAGACGAUGAGGAACCCCAGCGUCGAGGCUUCUUGGGCAACAAUAGAGUGAAUCGCUUUCUGUCGAGACACAUGCAACGCUUCUCUACACCUCGGGUCUCGACUGUGGCCCGCGCUUCCCAGAUCGUCCUGGAGAAGCUCUUGUUACUGCUUGGAUUCGGAGCUAUAUGCACAGGAUUCGUCGUCUACGGCGGCAUCUCACGGAAGUGGGAAGCCUUCUCCAUCGCAGCGCACUUCGUCAAAGGCGGCAUCUUCUUGUGGUACGGGGUCCUGACACUCGGCCGCUGGAUGGGCGCCUUCUCGGAAUUCGGCUGGGCCUGGAACAUCCGACCCCAACAACACCUCGUCGCGCGCUGGAAGACCCGCAUGCCCUCAGCAGAGUUCACCGAGUCCUUCGUCAUCUGGCUCUAUGGCGCCAGCAAUGUCUUCCUCGAACACCUGAACAACGCAGGCGGCGAAUGGUCGCCACAGGACUUCGAGCACGUGAGCAUCACUUUCCUGUUCUUCGGCGGCGGGAUGCUAGGGAUGCUCAUCGAUUCGGCUUGGAUUAGGGAAAUGAUGAGCACGAGUGUAGUGCUGCAGAAGAGCAAGGAUUCGCAGCUUGUAGACGCCUCCCGCUUUGACCGCGCAGCCGCUCCCGCCGAUGUGCCGGAUGAGCUUUGGCAGGAGCCGAAGACGUAUCAAUUGCCGCUCAAUCCCAUGCCGGCUCUUGUCAUAAUGCUGUUGGGGAUCAUGAUGUCGGCGCAUCAGCAGAAGAGUAUGGUCAGCACGAUGAUGCAUGCGCAGUGGGGAACGCUGUUCUUCGCUUUUGCGCUCGCACGUGCUGCUACUUAUGUGAUUCUAUACCUCAAGCCGCCGACCUCGCAUUUCCCGGCCAGGCCGCCGACGGAGCUCGUGGCGGCUUUCUGUUUGACUAGUGGUGGAUUGAUGUUUAUGAUGAGUGCGCAUGAUACGGUGUGGGCUAUCGAGUCGAAUGGACUGGACGCCAUGACCGUUUUCACCGUCACUAUGGGGUUGACCGGGCUUAUUAUGGCAUGGCAGUUGAUCUGCUUUGCUGUCAAGGGCUGGGCGACACGCUUUGAACGACGAGCUGCUGGACUUCACGAAGCCGACCAAACGACCAUUGACCCGUAUGACCUCGUCAACUAUCUCCAUGACCUAUCUAUGGUUCUAUGCGCGCAUCUAUACUUCCUUCAGCGUUAA